AUGUCGACGAACGGACAUCUUGACGUCCCAUCGCGCAACGCCAAUGGUCAUUUCCCCAAUGGGUCUACUGACUCUCUUCUUAAAUCCACAGCCGUUUCCAUCUCUCCAACGACAUCAAGCAGCAUUCACACUCUGUAUAGACAGCAAUCUCUCUCAUUCUCGCUUGGGAGUACGAUCAGACCAUCCAAGGUCCUCCAUCCCACAUCUACGGGAGAACUUCGUAUUCUGUUACUAGAGAACAUCAGCCAGGGUGCUGUUUCUUACUUCAAAUCACAAGGGUUUCAAGUCGAUUGGUUCCCCAAGGCUUGGUCGGAGGAUGAACUUCUAGAAAAGAUCGGACAGUACCAUGCCAUCGGCAUCCGCUCAAAGACCAAAAUCACAGAACGAGUCAUCAAAUCUGCAUCAAAGCUUCUGGCAAUUGGUUGCUUCUGCAUCGGUACAAAUCAAGUAGACCUUCUUACGGCCGCGAAAGCUGGUAUUCCAGUCUUCAAUUCACCCUUUUCCAACUCCCGCUCGGUUGCCGAAUUGGUCAUUGCAGAGAUCGUUGCACUCUCUCGCCAGCUAUGUGACCGUGCACGAGAAAUGCACGACGGCGUCUGGAAUAAAGUUUCCAAGGGCUGCUGGGAAGUCCGAGGGAAAACCCUGGGCAUCGUAGGAUAUGGUCACAUUGGCUCUCAGCUCUCAGUGCUGGCAGAGGCCUUUGGUAUGCGCGUGAUCUUCUAUGAUGUGAUCAACAUCAUGCCCCUCGGAUCUGCAAGACAAGUCGAAAGCUUAGACAAAUUGCUAAGCGAGGCCGACUUUGUGACGUUGCACGUUCCAGAAUUGCCAGAGACCAAGGGCAUGAUUGGAGCCAAGCAACUGAAGUUGAUGAGGAAGGGAGCAUACCUUAUUAACAAUGCUCGUGGAAAAGUCGUCGAUAUCCCUGCCCUCAUCGAUGCAUUGAAGAGCGGACAUUUGGCUGGCGCCGCGCUUGAUGUGUACCCUUCGGAGCCAGGUGCCAAUGGACCCCAUUUCAACGACAACCUGAACGACUGGGCAACUAGUCUCCGUUCUUUGAACAAUAUUAUUCUCACGCCCCAUAUUGGUGGGUCGACUGAAGAAGCUCAACAGAUGAUCGGAGAAGAGGUUUCUCAGGCUUUAAGCCGCUACCUCAACUAUGGCUCCACUGUUGGUAGUGUCAAUUUCCCCGAAGUCGACUUGCGUGCAAUUGCAGCGGACGAGAAGAACUUUGUACGUGUUUGUCAUGUACACGUCAACCAACCCGGUGUGUUGCGACAAAUCAACGAAAUCUUGUCAGAUCACAACGUCGAAAAGCAGUUCUCCGAUUCUAAAGGAGAUGUGGCCUAUCUUAUGGCUGAUAUUGCCGACGUGGAUGAACACGAUAUCCAGUCCAUCCACGAUCGCAUCAACAAAACUCGUGCUAAUAUUAUCACGAGACUAUUGGCUUAA